CCCUCUCCCCGAUGCAGGGGGCCGAGCUCCGGGAUGGUGAGGCGGCGGCGGCGGCCGCUUCGUACCGCGUCCUGAGCCGCCUGCUCGGCUAUGGAGAGGCGGCCCCCGAGCCAGGCCCGCCGCCGCCGCCUCCGGGCCAUGGCCCCGCGCCGCCACCCUUCCUCGCGCGGCCGGGCCCGCGGGGCUCCCGGCCGCCUCAGCUGAUGGUGUUCCGCAACGUGGGUCGGCCGCCGGAGGAGGAGGACACGGAGGCGGCCCGGGAGCCGGGACCCUCGGAACUGCUGUGUCCUCGGCACCGCUGUGCCCUGGACCCCAAGGCCCUGCCGCCGGGGUUGGCGCUCGAGCGGUCCUGGGGCCCGGCGGCUGGACUAGAGGCGCAGUUGGCGGCUCUGGGGCUCGGGCAGCCUGCGGGGCCCGGGGUCAAGACGGUCGGCGGGGGUUGCUGCCCGUGCCCGUGCCCCCCGCAGCCGCCCCCUCCGCAGCCCCAGCCGCCUGCUGCCGCCCCGCAGGCCGGGGAGGACCCCACGGAAACGAGCGACGCGCUGCUGGUCCUGGAAGGCUUGGAGUCGGAGGCCGAGAGCCUGGAGACUAACAGCUGCUCGGAAGAGGAGCUCAGCAGCCCGGGCCGCGGAGGAGGAGGGGGCGGCCGGCUUCUUCUGCAGCCCCCGGGCCCUGAGUUACCCCCGGUGCCCUUCCUGGUGCAGGACUUGGUCCCUCCAGGGCGCUUGAGUAGAGGGGAGCAGCAGCAACCUCCCCCACCCCCGCCUCCUCCUGGGCCCCUCCGGCCGCUCGCGGGCCCUUCUCGGAAGAGCUCCCUCAAAGUCCGCCUCAGUCGCCUCUUCCGCACGAAGAGCUGCAACGGUGGCUCCGGCGGUGGGGAUGGGGCCGGCAAGAGGCCUUCCGGAGAGUUGGGUGCUUCAGCUGCGAGCCUGACAGACGUGGGAGGCUUUGCGGGCCGGGAGCUGGACGCGGGGAGGAAACCCAGGUUGACAAGAACUCAAAGUGCCUUUUCUCCAGUCUCCUUCAGCCCCCUGUUCACAGGUGAAACAGUGUCACUUGUGGACGUGGACAUCUCUCAGCGGGGCCUGACCUCUCCACACCCUCCAACUCCCCCUCCUCCUCCAAGAAGAAGCCUCAGCCUCCUAGAUGAUAUCAGUGGGACGCUGCCUACAUCUGUCCUUGUGGCUCCGAUGGGGUCUUCCCUGCAGUCUUUCCCCCUACCUCCGCCUCCUCCACCUCAUGCCCCAGAUGCGUUUCCCCGGAUCGCUCCCCUCCGAGCAGCCGAAUCCCUGCACAGCCAACCCCCGCCACCCCUCCAGUGUCCCCUCUACCGGCCCGACUCAAGCAGCUUUGCAGCCAGCCUUCGAGAGCUGGAGAAGUGUGGUUGGUAUUGGGGGCCGAUGAAUUGGGAAGAUGCAGAGAUGAAGCUGAAAGGCAAGCCCGAUGGUUCUUUCCUGGUACGAGACAGCUCUGAUCCUCGUUAUAUCCUGAGCCUCAGUUUCCGAUCACAGGGUAUCACCCAUCACACCAGAAUGGAGCACUACAGAGGAACCUUCAGCCUGUGGUGUCAUCCCAAGUUUGAGGAUCGCUGUCAAUCAGUGGUGGAGUUCAUUAAGAGAGCCAUCAUGCACUCCAAGAAUGGGAAGUUUCUCUAUUUCUUGAGAUCCAGGGUUCCAGGCAUUUGGUUGCCAAGCUCCAGUUUCGAAGAACCAAAUGAAGCUACCAUGAAAACGGGAGUGAAGGAAACAAGAGGAGUAGGAAGGGUUGGGAUCCUCUGUGCAAAGACUUCGGUUCCCCUCGCCGCCCUGGGGCUUGGAUGAAGCCCACGACCAGACUCUCUGAGUGGGGCUCCACCUUGUCACAUCCAGCCCUGUGCUACUGGAGCUGGAUGAACUCCUUGGAAAACUGGAAGAAGUCUCAACACUGUUCCUUUUUCAGAAGUUUUGUUCUGGAUAUUUGCAUUUCUCAGUAUGGAAAACUCACCCUAAAGGCAGCUGGGGUCUGUGUGCAUUGGAUUGGAAGUGGUGCCAAGGGUGAGCAGAUCCAAAGGAGAGGAGGGGAGGAGAGGGGGUUGCCAGUGAGGGUCAUUCAGGUGGCGCCAAAGGCAGAAUUCGAGUCUCCACCAUUGACCUUGAGGAAGGGAAAAGAAGGAGUCAGAAGUGCAAAUCAAGUCGGGAGGUUCUGAGGGCCGAGAAUCUGCUUCUCUGUAGGCGUAGGGUGGCUUCAGCAGGAGCAGGGAGGAGAGGAGGGUGGCUAGUCUCGAAUAGAUGGUGACUGGACAGAACUGGCACAUAGCUCUGCCGGGGGAAGCAGUGACUCCUCGCAUGCUUUGCUUUUAAGGUUUAGGAACCUGAUUUCAGAAUCACCUCUCAAAGCAGCUGUGUUCGUUUUGUUUUACUGAAUUCCUAAGUUCUGUGACCUCAAGUUCGCCCUGUUCUUCCUCUGCCCUCAACCCAUUCCCUCGAGAUAACUGUACCUUUCACUCUGGUCAUGGUAGCAUCAUUCCUAUUGCUUCCGCCGGCUGUCGAGGCAAUAGUUUUUCUCAUCACCGGAACAGUUCAGAGCUCCAAUCCCGGCUGCUGAAGUUAAUGGAGCGUGCUUCCAGAUUCUUAAUGGCAAACCAUACCCAUGACUUAGUCAGUGUUCCUUACCUCCACAUGUCUGUCAGCUAGUGAGAGGGAAUGUGGAGGAAGGUGAGAAACGAAGCUAUUGUGCUCUUCCUAGAGAAAGCUCCCUGGUAUCUCAGCCUUAAUGGCCCAUCUGAGAUCAAUGAGGAGGGAGGAGAGCAUUACAGCUCAUGUUCUUAGGUUUGUUGGAGCAGGAGGUAGCAAGGGCUUCUUUAUUUUCCUGAGUUCUUUCUGGCGACCCAAACGUUUUCCUGAGUUAGAUCCUGUUUGCCCUCCUUCCACUGGGAAGUCUGUCAGAUACUGAUUUGAGAGUUGCCUGUUUUCCAGAUGGAAGUGGAGGAAGAGGGAGAAAAACUCCAGUGCUUUUCUGAACUUGGCCAUUGUCAAAUCAUAUAACAUUGUGAGUUUGCUUUUCUGUAGAGUUACUCUGAGGAGAGGUUUGCUAUUAAGAUGUGAAAAUUGAGCUGUUUGAUCUUUAUUACUCUUUUGCAGUAAGUAUUUCAACAGACUUCCUCUUUUGGUUCCCCUGUGCUUAUAUCUGCCUCAUCGCAUGAGAUAAAUAAUAUUGUCAGGUUUGUGGUUUCCUGAUCAUUUGGGGUGAGGCCCCAGUGUCUUGUAAUUUAUAGGACUGCCUCAUCUGGGAGCACUGGCCUUCUGCCUUACGUCCUGCAUGGAAUGACCAUUCUUCCUCCUUAUAGCUGAAUAGGGAGGAAACUUGCAUUGUUACCUGGCUGUGAAGAGGUGGCCCACAAAAUGAGCUUUGUAGCAUAAACACGGCCCACCCACCUUUGAUUUGUCGUGUAGUACCUCUUCUCUCUCUGGCUGCCGUGGUAGUAUCACCAGCCAGUUAAGGUUGUGAUCCCGGGAAUUGGCUUAACCUACGGGUCUUGCCUCUUGAAGGUACAAAUUAACUUGCCAUCUUGCAGACAGUGCCACCCAGCUGUAAAGCCUGCUGUCUGGAAUCCACUGAGAUCCUCGAGUGGCUGUUGUGCGGCUACGUGGGGUCUCUCUUUUUUUUUUUUUUUUAACUACUUUUUAGUGUUCAUUUGCCUGAUUCUGGGCUAGCUACUGUGGAAAACACAGGAGGCAGGAGACAUAUUCUCUGGCCUAAGGGAGCUUUUAGGUGGCUGCCAGACGUGAAGCAUUUGGAGAAUGACUCAGCAUGGCAGAGAGAAUCAAGGGCUGUCUUUAAAGAAAUUCAGAGUGGGUAAGAUCAGUGUAGAUCAGAUGGUCUAGGAAAGCUCUGGUGCUGUGAGACUUUGGUUUUUAGGUGAGGGCAGGGCAGUGAGAUGAGAAACACAAGAACAGGAGCACAGAAGCAGAAAUCUGCAGGGUGUGUACGGAACAGUGCACAGUCCCAAGGUAGAGCAGUGGCAUCAAAGAAUCCUUUUUCUGUGCUGUGGUCUAGACCGAAACUUCCUAGUCAUCAGGCAGGUCUGAAUGCUGAGGGGUUAUGAUGGCGAGGUGGAGCCCAAAGCCAGAAGUCAGCCAGGUUCUUGCCUGUGGUCAAGGACCUCACUGCUCUCAGCACAGCCUGGGUGAGGAAGGCAGAGCCCCUGGACCCCUUGUGGUACCAGGGGUUUCCAGUGGAGAAUCCAUACUCUCAGGUACAAAACCAAACCAGCUGAGGAGGCGUGACCCACCCUCACCACCAUCCUUUCUGCUCCCGGGAAGGGUAGUGUUUACUGUGUCCGUGAUCUGUCUGUGCAUUAGUCACGGCCCAGGCCGUAGCCUGGUCCUUCCUUAGUAGAGUGGGCUAUAAGACAGAGUUGUGCAGGAGGAAACAGGCUUCAUCAGGAGGUGAGGAGGAAGGGCACCAGCCUGGUCAGAGUAAACAGGGAGGGACAGGGGCAGCUGGCCUUCAUCAGCAGCUCCCCUUCACCUCUCCUGCCUGCGGCCCCUGCCCCCCUGCCGAUUCUGUGUAGUGCUAAUUGAAAUGCAGUCUGCAGAGGGAACUCUGCUUUUUGGUCAUAGUAUUUUCAAGUCACAAACUGGAAAAGGUUCUCACUUCUAGGGACCCGUCAUUGGUUUCUAAGUUGUGGAUGGGUGAUGUCAAUACCCUCAGGCCCUGCCUGUGUAACCCUCGCUUGUUUAUGACUGGUCUACUGUAACCUUCCUCAGGACAGGCGUGAACCACUGUGAGUUAGUGACAGCUACUGCUACAACUUGCUAUUACUUGAAAUUCGUGUGCUGCGGUUGCAGGGCGCAAGGCGGUGGGGGCUCUGCUGCGGGGACUAGAUAAAUGGCUGACAAACUAGGAGUUUGGGACAGUUGGCGAUGACCUUGGCCUGGUUGCCUGCCUGUGCCUGGGUGCAGUGAGUGUGACACCCUGGAAGGCCAGCCCUGGGCGGCAGCACCCAGGUUCCUGAGGGGGGAGGUGUGGUGGGGAGCUUGCUGCCAUGGUUUCUCCUCCUCCUUUCCUACCUGUCACCGGAGCUGAUUACACAGUCCCCUUAUUAAGGCUGGGAGAGAUGUGGAGAUAGCGGCAACCCCCGCUACAGUGCACAUCCAGGAAGCGCUGGCAAGUGACAGGGUGGUUAGUGUUCUCAGAUCCGGGGUGAGAGACUGGAGUAAAGCCGGAUGCCCUGGGUGCCAGCCUUUUCAGCCCUCACCCCGGGCCCUGGAAGACUGGAAGAGCACAGCCUGCUUGAAGCCCUUGGCCCUGGCAGGAAAUGGGGUUAGGAGAAACUUGUCCUCUAGGUUAGAUUCCCCCCUGACCUCCUGCCUCUCCCUUGGCUUUGAGCCCUGAAGUUGGAGGCCUAGGCAUUGGCAUAUAUAGCUCUGUGGCUGCUGGAAGGAGGUCUGAAAGUCAGUGUGUGUGUGUGUGUGUGUGUGUGUGUGUGUGUGUUCAUUUGCAGAAGUUUUGCCACCAGUGGGGGUGUUGAGAGCAUCUCCACUGGGGGGAGACCUGCCAUAUGUUGUCCACUUUUAAGAGAAUGACGUGCCCCCUGUCCCUAAGGGAGGAGCUUUUGAGUUAGACAUUUUCCCUAUGGGAAUCCUCUUGGUUUGGUUCAUGGGAAAGGGGGAAAUGGAUAAAUGAUUUUUAUCUCUAAUUGUCAACACAGCUGUUCUUACACUGAAUUUGUGCUAUUGCAUACAUGUAGCCAUCUUUCUUUUCACUGCAGCAGUGUUUAUCAGUAGUUCAAAAUGAUUUAUUUGCUCCUGGGGAGUAAAACCUUUUUUAUUAAAAAAGAAAAAAAAAAAAAAGAAAGAAAGAAAAUCGUGACCCCCUCCCCCCAUGAUAGCUAUAGGAUUAUUGGGCCACAAAGCUCAAGAAAGCAAAGUCAAGUCUGCCAGUCCCCGUGAUCUAUCCUCUUUUGACAUUGGAGUCUUCAUGCUCAGCACAAAAAUGACAGGAGGCCUUGAAAAGAUAGCGAAGCCUUGGGAGGUGUGAGAUGGGGGUUGGAGCAUAGAGACAGAGGCACUGGGGACUCAGAUGCUGCAGAUAUAAAAAUAGAGUAAGGAAUUGUAUUUAAAUCAUUGAUUUCUCUAAUCUGCCAGGGAAAGACCUUUCUUUACAUACAGAUUCCAUAUUGUCUUUGUCCUUUUCAUGCUUCUUGACCUUCCUGGUAGGUGCCCCCAGUUUCUUCCUGUUUCCCAUCCUGUCCUCUCUGCCCCUUCCCUCAUUCCUUUCCACUUGCAUCCACCUCCCAGGAAGCCAGUCUUGCAUGCUGAGUCUGUGACAUGCCUUCACGCCCAUUUCAUCUCCUUAGAGGGUACCUGGAAUUGCUCCCUCCCCCUCCCACUCCCUCUUCCAAAAUGCUGAGAGGGGCAGGCAAAAGGCAGCCAGUCAUGGCAGCGGAAGACCUGAAUGUCUGCUCGCAGCUGGACUGCGAUCUAGUUGCUCCUGGAGAUGGAGUGUAAGGUGAACUUACGACACUCUUGAUCAGAACCCAGGAGAUCAAAAACCCGCACAGCCCCGCUCCGAGCUUCGUCCUAAGCCCCCUACCCAGCUCAGGUGGAGCAGGAAGGCUGGUCUGACUACUCCAUCUCUGGUGCUCGCUUGAACAGGGACCUGCCCCUCACUGUUAGGCCCAGAACCUUUUCCAAGAAGCAUAAUCCAGGCACCGCUCCGUGGGCAGGCUGCUUGUUGGAAGGCCCAAACUGGUGCUGCCCGUGCCACAGCCACUGCUGUACAGUUUUUGGUGGUUUUUAAGAAACUCAGUGAAGAGGGGUGUCGUUCUGGGCUCGGGGUGGUUGCCAGUCCUUCGCCGGAAGGGGGACCACAUCGCCCCUGCAACCACUUCCGUCCUCUUCAGCCGCGCCACCCUCCUCCCAGCCAAAGCGUGGCCUGGCUUUUGUCUUCCCAUUUAGUUUUUCUCCUUUCCUCUACCUUUUUGUGCUUAAUUUAUUAAAAUAGUUGCUGUAUAAUUUAUUUUCAUAAACUAUAAAAAAUUACUAAAUGGUUAAAAUAGACUUGCAGGCCAAUCUUAAAUGGGGUGGGAGGGUCUGAGGGUGGGUUGGGGAAAGGGAAAGAUGUUUUGAUAUAAACAAAACAAAUGCACUUUGGGUGUGUUUUGGUAUUUUUCUGGGGAUAGAUGGGAGGGUGUUGGGAUGUCCCUGUAGAUUAGUUCCAGAAUGGGGUGUCUGUAUAUACUGUAUUCAUAGGCAUGUUUGACUCUUGUAAAGGGACAUUAGUAGCUGCUGCAGGUCCUGUUUGGAAACCCCAUGUAUAAUUCCCGGUUUUUUGUAAGUGUCAGUGCGGGAGACAUUUGACUCUUGUGUUUGUAUCUCCUUUUUAUGAUUGCUGUACUGACCAAUGUCUUUUUGCGGAAGGGGUGAAAAGAGAUUUGAAAUAAAAAUGUUUAGAAAUUC